UUCCAUCAUGAAAACAUAGAAUGCAAGGUAAGCUUAGAGCAAUGUAUUUUUCUGAUUAUCCAUACAAGAGCGAAACUGUACGCGCCGAGUCCUCGCCAACUCACACCAGCCAAUCAAAUAGCCAAGCAACUAGGACAUGCAAGGCUAUCUCCGUGCAACCUCCGUGCAGAAUCCCGCGUCGCCGUCAACUGCCGGCGAGGGAGGUGAUACCCCGCUUUUCGCCCUCGAAUCUUUUUCUCGCAGAUGAAGACAAUCAACUACGGCCUACGAGCACUCCCACUCCACCAGCAUACUACACCCUCAGAGACAACAGCACGGGAGACACCCACCAACAAAAUGACUCUCCCCGAACCGAUCACGACCGCCGCCCUCGUCCUCCACGAGCUCCACGGCCCGCUUGUCUGGGAAACCCUGCAGAUCCCCACCCUCGCGCCCGACGAGAUCGCCGUCGACAUUCACGCGACGGGCAUCUGCCACACGGAUCUGAUGCUCAUGAGCGGCGAACUGCCCACUCGCCAGCCGGGCGUCUUCGGGCACGAAGGAGCAGGAACAGUCCGCCAAACCGGCGCAGCCAUCACGCACGUCCGCCCCGGCGACCGCGUGCUCCUCUCCUUCGACUUCUGCGCGCACUGCGCAAACUGCACGGCCAAGCACCCGGCCUACUGCGCCGCGUUCCCGCUGCUCAACACGGCCGGCCACCGCGCCGACGGCUCCUCGCCCUUGCAGACCGCCGGCGGCGGGGCGGUCUACUCCAAGUUCUUCGGGCAGUCGUGCUUCAGCCGCGUCGCGGUUGUGGGGGGGCGCUGUGCGAUUCCGGUUUCCCACGACUUGGAUCUACGGGUGUUGGCGCCGCUGGGGUGCGGGAUGCAGACUGGGGCGGGGGCGGUGGUGAAUGUCCUCGGCUUGCAACGGGGGCAGAGCGUUGCGGUGUUUGGGACGGGGGCUGUGGGAAUGGCUGCUGUUAUGGCGGCGAGGAUUAUGGGCGCGGAGGUGAUUGUUGCGGUGGAUGUGAGGGAGGAGCGGUUGCGGUUGGCCAGGGAGCUGGGGGCAACGCAUACGGUUGAUGCUGCGCUGGGGGAGGGGGUGGUCGGGGCGAUUCAGGCGGUGACCGGGGGCCUGGGCGUGCAAUUUGCGGUCGAGUGCUCGGGCGUGCCGCCGGUUGUGCCGCUGAUGCUGGCGGCGCUGCGGCCGCGCGGCCGCGCGGUCUCGGUGGGCGCGGCGGGCAUCACGGAGGAGGUGCGCUUCAAUUUGUUUGCGCAUCUGAUGGGCGGGAAGGAGUAUGUCGGUUGUGUGGAGGGGGAUGUCUAUCCGCCGGAGGUAGGUGCUCUGUGUUGGUGCAAAAGGGGAUCAGGCUGACGGUGUAGUUCGUGCCAUGGCUGGUGGAGCGGUAUUCCCGCGGCGAAUUCCCCGUCGAGAAGCUGGUCAGGGUGUACAAGGUCCGGGAUUACGAGGAGGCGUUUGCGGAUGUUCGUGGGGGGAAGGUGAUUAAGGCGGUGCUGGAUUGGACGGAGUAGGCUUGUGUAUCGCGAGGAUGGUCAUUUGCGUUGAGUCGAGUAAUCGAUCCCCCCCCAGUGAAGGGGUAAAUGUUGGGAAGUGUUGCAGUGUGACAGUUGAGUCGGGAUUCUGCGCAGGUGGCAUGAUUCGGAUGACAC